UAUGAAGCGGACCGUGCUACUGUUUCUAGCCAAAAAGAAGAGCUUGAAAAUUUGCGAAAAGAAUUGGAGGAGCUCAAGGCAAAAGAAGAUAACAUGGAAGAAACUAUCAAAAAACGUUAUCAGAAGUUAAUGAAGGAGCGACUCCAAGAAGAAAAGAACCAGCUCGAACGAAAAUACAAGACCGAACAUGCAAACUCACUGCGGAAGCUAAUCAGCAAACAGGCAGAAAUUCCUGCUACUGUUGAUCAAGAAGACGCAUCCAACGAUGGCAGUUCAACAAAUGAAUCUCAGUCUUAUCCCAAGUCAAAUAGCCCUGUAGCUAGCCCGCGAUCAAGUUCGGAUAACAAUAGUUACUCUGGUAUAACUAAUACUACGACGGCUACGUCAAAUAUUAUGGUGGAUCGAUUCCAAUCCAAUAUGCGUCGCAUGGAAAAUCAAUUGAGCUUCUAUCAGACUCAGUUGGAAAGUACAACUCAAUCACGAGAUGAGUUAUCGGAAGAGGUUCUCAAUAUGACCGUAGAGAUCGAAAACUUGCGCAAAGAAACUAAAAGGGUCCAAGAGCUGGAAACCGAAUUACGGGAUCUCAAUCAGCGAUACCAUGCGUCUUUGGAGCUUCUCGGUGAGCGAACUGAGCAAGUAGAAGAAUUAAAAGCGGAUAUUGCAGAUGUCAAGGAGAUGUACAGGAAUCAAAUUGUGGAACUUGUACAAAAGAUUGGUAGUCAAAAGUAAUAUUAGAUGUAAAUAUUUUUAGUUUCUUUUUCUUCUAUAUAACAGGUUCUUUUUAUGUGUUGUUUGUUUUUGUUUUACUUUUUAACCCCUUGUCCCUCUCCUCCUCCUUCCUUUAUCACCUAAUGUAAUCUAUCUACACAUGUUUUCUGUUUUCAUGACGAUGUUGAACUCAUAUAUUCGAUCAUGCCAAGCAUAUUUGCAACUUCUUGUUCAGUGGCAUUGCCGUGAGCGGUCCAACGAAUUCGACAUUUUUCGUCCACCAAAUAUACGUAUCCGAUAUAUUGGUU